CCCCACUCAGAUGGUAAAGUGUGAUAACACGCGCGGUCAUCAUGCUCAAAAUAUUAUGUUGCAGGCAGAAGAACUAGCACACACAGUUCAAUCGAUCAAUACGACACCGUGUGUGACUAAUUAACAGAAAAAAGAAAAUCUCCGACUAGCUGUAGUGCUGCACAAUAAAUAAAGCAAAGUAGUCAAAGAAGGAACACAGUCUGAAAAAACCCAAAAAGAUUGUGAAUUUCCAGCUCCAAUGGCGGCGUUGAGCUACCAAGUUCUCAGACCGGUCAGGGUCUUGACCUCUGCCAGGCUCUCUUCCUUGGUCUUGUCGAUUCGGUGCUUUUCUUCUUCUUCUUCGGCGGAUGAUUCGAGUGUUGAUCUUCUACAAACGGCGUCGUUUCGUGACCCCAAGCGGACAACGAACCAGAGCGUUCCUCUUCGGCGAGAGCCAAAUCAGAGGAAUGUUCAGUGGGUUUUUCUGGGCUGUCCCGGCGUCGGGAAGGGAACCUACGCUUCUCGCCUAUCCAAUCUUAUUGGUGUUCCUCACAUCGCUACUGGCGAUCUAGUCCGGGAAGAACUUUCCUCUUCUGGACCCCUCGCUCCUCAGCUUGCAGAAGUUGUUAAUCAUGGAAAAUUGGUUUCAGAUGAAAUUAUAAUAAACUUAUUAUCCAAUCGGCUUCAAGCUAAGGGUGAAUCUGGCUUCAUUCUGGAUGGUUUCCCUCGAACUAUAAGACAAGCGGAAAUUUUAGAGAAAGUGACUGAUAUAGACUUGGUGAUUAAUCUAAAACUCAGGGAAGAUGCUUUACUUGCAAAGUGCCUUGGAAGAAGGCUUUGCAGUGAAUGUGGUGGAAAUUAUAACAUUGCCAGUAUCGACAUUAAGGGAGAGGAUGGGAACUCAGACAUGUACAUGCCUCCGCUUCUUCCUCCUCCUCAUUGUGCAUCAAAGCUUAUCACAAGGGCUGAUGACACAGAAGAAGUUGUUAAGGAAAGACUACGUAUAUAUAAUGAAAUGAGUCGCCCUGUGGAGGAGUUCUACCACAGUCGUGGGAAAUUAUUGGUAUUUGAUCUUCCUGGAGGAAUUCCAGAAUCGUGGCCAAAGCUGCUUCAAGCUCUGAAUUUAGAAGACCAUGAUAAGCAGUCUGCAGCAGCCUAAGCUCGUAAGGCGCUGUUCCUUUCAGUAUGGAGUAGGUAAGUUAGAUCAUUCUUUGCAAGGUGGACAUGCACAUGCACAUGCAUUUAAUUAUACAAUAAGCUUGAGAAAAUGGUAAGGUGGCUUUGAAUUGGGGUUUUAGAGAUGUGUAAAUAAAACGAGCACAAAACAUUAUUUGGAGAAGAUGUUAUGAAAUUACCAGUUGCGUUGCUCGGUUGACCGAUGGUUUAGCACAAGUGGUUGUUUAUUCGGACAUUAAAGUUAUGUUCAUUAAAUUGUAGUAAGGUGGGAUCUUUCGACCAAGUGUUCCCAACCGAUAGAGAAACUGAAAAACCUUAAAGAUUAGUAAAUCAUUUAUGUACAAGGGAUAGAGAACAAUUCCUCCUAUAUACACACUCACACAAUGUGAUCAGACUUUUUUUUCAUA